AUGCCUUCCUCCAGCCAGAUCCUCUCCGCCCUCGCCGCCAUGGCCGUCGCCUCUGUGCAGGCCGCCAUGGGCCCUGCCUUCAGCACCGGUCCCGUGGGCGCCAACUCGUGGAUCCGAGAGGCUACUUCAACUCUUGUCCUCCCCGACGUCCCUAGCGGAUCAUCUGGUGUUGCCUCCCUCUGGGUUGGUAUGGGUACCGACAAGGGCGAUCUGAUCCAGUCCAUCGCCGACAACUGGCAGUCUGACAAGUGGAGCAUCUUUGCCUACACUCUGGUCAAGACUGGAGAGAACUCUCAGAUGCCCGUUCAGGAUGAGAACCCUACACCUGCUGGCAAGGGCGACCGCAUCACCAUGCACUACAAGUUCGACGACUCCACCCAAGAGUACGUCCAGUACGUCUCCAUCAACGGCCAGCAGGUCUCUACCCUGAGCACAUCCAAGGGCCACCACGCCAUGGGCUGGGGUAGUGCCGUCGAGUGCGGCGCCGAGGACUGUGGUUCCAUCGGAGCUCACCAGUGGGUUGACACCAAGAUCAUCCUCGACUCCCCCGACCCCAACUACGUCCAGACCCUCGGCAAGGGCCAGGGCGUCACCGGCGACCUGACCAGUGACGACGGCGGCAAGACCUGGGUUGCCAGCGAGAUCAACAUUCCCGCCCACACCUUCUAA